AUGACAGAGGCCAAGCCACACAGUGUCCAGCUCCACCACUUCGCCCUCGACCCCGGGGGCACAAAGACAGCUGCUGGGGACAGAGGUCUGAAACGUAUCACCCGGUAUAUAGGAAAACAUAUUCAAAUAUUUAGUGGUAAGAGAGACCUCAAACAAACUUCUUGUAAAUUACUCGGAAGGUUCACUGCAAAUGCUCAAUCUUGCCAGAGUGGCAUCAAAUCUCUGCUACAUAUAUUCCCUUAUGAUAAGUUCGUCAAAGUGGGAUAUGCUGGCUGCAACUUCCCUGCCCACAUCUUCCCCUCCAUGGUGGGCCGACCUAUCAUCCGAGCCACAAACAAAAUUGGGGACAUCGAAGUCAAGGACCUCAUGGUGGGCGAUGAAGCCAGCAAGCUCCGAUCCAUGCUGGAGGUGACCUACCCAAUGGAGAAUGGCAUCGUCAAGAACUGGGAAGACAUGUGCCACGUCUGGGAUUACACCUUUGGCCCAGAGAAAAUGGGCAUCAACCCUAGGGACUGCAAGAUCAUGUUGACAGAACCCCCGAUGAAUCCCACCAAGAACCGGGAGAGGAUGCUGGAGGUAAUGUUUGAAACGUACGGGUUUGCUGGAGCCUUUGUGGCCAUCCAAGCUGUGUUGACCCUAUACGCACAAGGUCUUCAGUCAGGUGUCGUGGUGGACUCGGGCGAUGGCGUUACUCAUAUCUGUCCUGUGUAUGAAGGAUUCACACUUCCACAAAUAAGGCGGUUAGAUAUUGCCGGUCGUGACAUCACAGUCUACAUGAUCAAGUUGCUGUUGUUGAGAGGGUAUGCGUUCAACCACUCGGCUGACUUCGAGACAGUGAGAAUGAUGAAGGAGAAGCUGUGUUAUGUUGGCUACAACAUUGAACAGGAACAGAAACUUGCAACGGAAACUACUGUCUUAGUAGAGAAUUACCAGCUGCCAGAUGGUCGUGUCAUUAAGGUUGGUGGCGAGAGGUUUGAAGCACCGGAGGCCCUGUUCCAGCCUCACCUCAUUAACGUGGAAGGCCAGGGGAUUGCAGAACUGCUCUUCGACACCAUACAGCGCUGCGAUAUCGACAUCCGACCCGAGCUCUACAAGCACAUUGUUUUGUCUGGGGGAUCUACCAUGUAUCCCGGCCUACCAUCGCGUCUGGAGAGGGAGUUAAAGCAGCUUUACCUGGAGAGAGUCUUAAAGGGUGAUGUGGAGAGACUGUCCAAGCUCAAGAUCCGCAUUGAGGACCCCCCCAGGAGGAAGGACAUGGUUUUCAUUGGGGGGGCUGUCCUCGCCGACGUCAUGAAGGACAGAGACAACUUCUGGAUCUCAAGAGAGGAAUAUCAGGAGAAGGGUGUCCAGGCUGCAUUAGAGAAACUCAUGCCUGGCGGAGCUUCAUAAGAGCAGCCGGGAUAGAGGAAGAGAGCGAUCAGUAGUUGUUACUGAUAUUGUGGUUAUCUUGAUGUCUCCAUGACACUGUUGAAUUUACUUGAUGUCUAAGGCUCAGGCUGGGGUUUUAUCUUUGGUGGCCAAUGGAAGCAUAAGAAAAUGUCAGUUAUAUUUUAUAUGGUUGUCUUAACGGUCUAUGUAUUUUCAGCCAAUGCCUGAGUAGCGGGGAUGGAUGGGGAAAGCUUGAUUUUUUAAAGUAUCGAAACAAAUGCUGUUGCUCUAGUGGGUUUCAACUGUUGUUAUGAAAUGCCAAGUAUUGUUUAAAGAUAUUGCUGUCAUUUCCCUCAAGUUACAGCUCUUCCACCAGUAUGGGUAUUGCAGUUGAAAUAUUUGCUGCUUAUUGUUUAAAUAUAAAUUUUUUUUAUCUCCCCAUAGAAAAGAUCCUACUGCAGCAUUUUUUUUUUUUUCUCUCCCCUAUUAUUACUUAGAUAGCAAAUUCUUCUAUUAAACAGUAGUUUCAUUUUAUCCAUCCUGACACUAAGGCUCAGGCCAGGACUAUAUGUAUUGCCCCUACGGAUGCCUACCCAACGAGUCCCCAACAUUUCCCUGAUUGUUUGCGACCGUGUUCCAAAACGGACACCGUAGACAGCCUAUUGAUUUCUGGGAUGCCAUUUAUAAUGGUGAUUCUUGUUGAUGCCCAUGUGAUUAGAGAUUUAGUCAUAAGUUAUUCGUAAUCCCCCAGAAGAAGGAGGGAGUUUUGCCAUACAAAGUCAUAGCACCAACAAAGCACAAGUCAUGAGAGUGAACUUCAGAGAAGGACGUAUAGUGAGCGGUGUUUAAGAUGAUAAAAGUCUCGUAUCUUCAUUUACUCCAGUGUUGACUCCCUUUCCGUAUUAGAAAAGAAUCGUAAAGAAAAAUUGAAUGAAUUUGGAGUUCUGAUGGAUGGUGCUCAUGGAAGGAGAAUGCCAAUGUGCGUUUCAGGGAGAGGGACAUUGGAUCAACAUGCAAGAAGAGUUUGUUCAAAACAUUUGUGCAUUUGUUAUGUCAGUGAUGAAACCAGUGAGGAAAAUUACCCCAAAUGUUUCUCCAGUUCCUAGCAAGGUACCCGGGUGAAUUUGAAUGGAUCAGAAUGUUGAUUUUUGUGUUUGAAAUUCAAGAGUUAUUAUGUUGCUUUUUCAGCAGGUUAAUUUUGGUUUACUAGUGUAUGGUUUAUUCAGCUUUAGCACUCUUUUUUUUUUUUCCUUUUCUUUUCUUCAUUUCUUUCGUUCUUUCUACAGUGUGUAUUUUUUAGUGUAUGAUUGUGAAUACACACACACACAUACACACACACACACACACACACACACACACACACACACACACACACACACACACACACACACACACACACACACACACACACACACACACAUACACAUACA